CCUGCGCCGGUGCUCAUAAACACAUCCACGCUUUUAAUAUGUGGGUCCCUUUGAAACUGUUGAACUCCUACACAUCCUUCAAAAUCCAGCUCAGAUGAUGCUGUCUUCUUUUCCCUCCACAGGACUAAUCACUCUCUCUGUUUAAGCCUUUGUAAUACCAACACCUUCCUUCCCACUUGAUGGCGUCUGAGCCCUCUGUGCCUGGGACACAGCCUGGCACAUGGGGGGAGCUCGGGAUGCUUCGCCCUUUAGUACUGGCUUUCAUGGCCUCUGUUUCCUUAGGGGCUGGCCUAUCAGCCCUCUGAGGUAACAGAGCCUUGUGUAUGGUGGUCGCCAUGGAGACUCCAAUGAACAGCAGGGGAGGGCGGCUCCCUAGCAACCAGCCAUUGGUCUUCACCAGCAGUUGUGCAGAGCUGCACUCCUGGGCUUCAGCACUCGCCAGAGCGGUUCACGUGGUUUCCGAUGUUAUGAAAAAGAGUGGAGAGGUCAGGCAGACACCGGCAGGGUGGCCAGGGGCCCACUGUGACGCAGGUUUCAGCUUCCUUCUCCCCAUUCAGAGUUGCUUGUGAGCGGAGAGUGCCCAGCCUGCAGCCAGACCCUGCCCCCCCUUCUUCACCAGCAUCGCUGGGGACCUUCUCUCCAGGGCUAAGCUUGGAAAGAGAGUCCAUGGAGCUGGGCCGCCAACCAGGUAUGACCACUUUGACCAGGGCCCAUCUGAGCAACCAGCAGGACACGGACCCCAGGAGAACUGCUCACAGCCCCUUGGAUGCCUCCAAGUACCAGGGCCAGGCCCCGGGCUCCCCACAGCACCAGCCGGGCAGCCCCCGGGGACAGGCCUGCCAGGAGGGGGCCUGGCCUCUGACCCCCUCAGCUGUCAGCAGGAGCCCCUCUGGCACGGACUCCCGGCCUGGGUCCCUGAAGAACGGGGACUGCAGACCCUCGCCGAGGGAGAGCAGGGCCGCUUCCCACGAGGGGGCUCCGAUGCCGUGCCAGGGGCUGAAGCAAGGCCCCCGCUCGGGGGCCCAGGGCGAGAGGCGCAGCAUCAUUCCCGACAACAUUCGCCACAAGUUUGGGAGCGAUGUGGUGGACCAGCUGGUCUCCGAGGAGCAGGCUCGAAGGGCCAUCGGUGAAGGCCUUGAGGGCCAGAAGAGGGCCAGCGCGUGGCCCAGCGAGUCCGAGGGCUCUGCGAAAAUCGCCUCCAUCUUCUCAGACUACUACGAUCUGGGCUAUAACAUGCGGUCAAACUUGUUUCAAGGGGCCUCGGAGGAGGUGAAGAGCCUCAUGAAGGACUCCUACACCCCGGAGGUGCUGGAGAAGGCGGUGCGGGACCCAGAGCACUGGCACGGCAGGAAGACAGACGACCUGGGACGGUGGCACCAGAAAAACGUGAUGAACAUGAACUUGCAGAAAGCAUUGGAUGAGAAAUACGAAGAGAAGAGCAAAAGCAAGAGCUCGAAGUACUAAAUCGGACCCAGCAGCGGUGCCCUGGACUCAGAGAGAGCGCUA